GUGAACGAAUCGGUUCGUGUAAAAAGGUUGAGGAAGCUCUUUUGACUUGGUUCGGUCAAAUGAGAUCCAAAGGUGCGGCCGUUUCUUGCAACAUUGUGAUGGAGAAGGCAAAACAAUUUGCGGUGAUGUUAGAUGAGGACUUUUCUCCAAAUGCAGGUAAGAAGCUCUCUCUCUCAUAUGUUGCAUUAUUGUUUCUAAGUCUAUGUUUUGAAGGGUGGCUAUGGCGAUGACAGAAGCGAAAUGGAAUAGUUUUAAAACGAAUGCAAGGUGAAAUGUCUUCUGCAGAUUUUGAAGGUGCUGAAAGCUUCCGAAGUUUGAUUCCUACUUUAGUACAAAAUUACGCUGCCUGUGAUAUUUUCAACGCAGAUGAAUCCGGUCUUUUUUAUAAAGCUUUGCCAACAUCAACUUUAACACAAAGAGGAAGAAACGUUCAUGGUUUUAAAUCAUCAAAGGAUCGUCUUACUCUGCUUUUCAUUUGCAAUGCAACGGGCGACUAUAAAAAAAUAAUUGUCAUUGGAAAGACCAAAAAACCAAGAUGUUUUAAAAAUAAAUCUGUGCCCUUGGAAUAUUAUUCUAAUAGAAAAGCCUGGAUGACACAAGAUAUUUGGACACAAAUUCUGUUUUCACUCGAUGAAGAAAUGAUUAAACAGCAGCGCAAAAUAAUACUUUUCGUGGAUAAUGCUGCCUGCCAUAAGAAGUUAGACAAUUUAAAAAAUAUUAACCUUCAAUUCUUACCUCCCAAUGCAACGUCUAUCAUUCAGCCUCUUGAUCAAGGAAUUAUUCAUUGCUUUAAGGCGUACUAUCGCCAAAAUAUUAUAAGAAAACAAAUUGCAGCUUUCGAGGCAGGGAAAACUAUUGAAGAGUUUUCAAAAUCAUUAACAUUUUUGCAAGCAAUGCAUAUAAGCAAAUAUUGUUUGUGGCUUAUAACACCGUCUACGGUGAGAAACUGUUUUAGAAAGGCAGGUUUCUUUGAAGAAAUAGAAGAGGAGUCAGAAGAUGAUGUUACUAUUACGGACAACUUAGUCGACAACCAUGAAUUUCAGACUUAUUUGGCGUGUGAUGACAACAUAUCAUGCUGGGGCGAACUAACCGAUGCGGAAAUUUUAGAAAAUCUUAAUGAAGAUAAAAAUUUGGAGACUGUAGAAAAUGAUGAGGAUGAAAUCAUAUAAGUGCCUUCGUCUUCAGAAAUUUUUCAUUCUAUACAAAUCUUACGCUUACAUUUCUUACCUCUCAAUAAAUUUACAAUUGAACUGGAAAAAAUGGAAGAGUCUGUUUUAAACGAUAAAAAAAUGCAAACUAAGAUAACCGACUUUUUUCAAAGUACUUAAUUUUUAAUUUUUUUUUUUUAAAUGCGAUUUUUAAUUUUUAGUUCCUUAAAUAUGUUGAAGUGAUAUUUUGUUAUUGUUUUUGUUUUUUUUUUGUUUAAAUAAUUUAUUUUUAUUUCAUACAUGUAUAAUUUUUGUAUAGGUAUCAUUUUUUCUAUGCAAUAAAACGAUGAACUGAUGCAGACUGCUCUUAUUUUUAUGAUGCAUGUGUUGAUAUUUUAUCCUUUAAUUGACCGAAUUGUGCAAUUAAACGGGUUUCGCUUAAUUGAACAAAUCAGUCAAUUAACCGAGAUUCCGAUAAUUGAUCUACCCGGAUAAUUGAUCGAAAAUUUUGGCAAAACAGCCGGUGCA